AUGGCCGGGAGCGGCUGAAGCAGAGAAGCGCGGCCAGGUGGACCAGACUGGCGGUUACACGGAGGGGGUCCCACGAUGUUUAUUACGGUGCUGUACGGGGAUAAUGAACAGGCCCUCUUUAAUAUCCACUGCAAGGCCAUCAGCCUGCUGGAGUGCAUUAGGAGCAGCUGUCAGUGUCAAAAUGAAGUUGAGAUUGACCUAGCUGACGAGACUGGGCAGGUGAAGAACCUCCUGCAGAAUGGACACCGGUACGCCUCUGAAAUCCUCACUGAGCGCCAGGAGUUUGUGCUUGUCAGCAUAAGCAGACCCCCUGGCUCUCCUCAGCCCGUCUACACCUCGCUGCUCAAUGAUGAGAGUGUCAUCAGCGCCAAGUUCCUUGCCAAACUGGGAAGUAAGAAUGGGGACAAGACGAGCGCACACAAAGCCAAAGGAAAGAAAGCGAACAGGAGGUCUCCAGCAUCGCCCUCGGCCUCAGCCUCAUUCCCGGAAGUUCAGCACAUCCCUCCACAGAGAAGUAAGACUUCCAUGGCAGCCUCUGCCAGGACAAAACAGAGAAAAGACUGAGAGGAGACGUUUGAAACUGAGGAGAGGACUCAUUAACAAGCAGGGCAGAAACAAACAUCUGAACCGAACGGCCACAGCGCCAUCACGUCUUCGAAUAUCCGUCAGUCUGACCAGUGGGGCUCUCAUUGUGGCAUCAGCAUUCACGGCACUGGUGAAAUAAAACAAUCGCUAACGUCACGGCUGGAAAGGUCGAGUCACUGGGAGAACGGGGCCAAUAAUUCAAUGGAAACAACAACUUUCUUUCUUUCUUUCUUUCUUUCUUUCUUUCUUUCUUUCUUUCUUUCCCUUUAAUCAUCACCACUUUAUUUUCUUUCCUUUGUACGUGCUUCCUGUACUCAUUCCAACUGUUAAUUUCAUUUUAUUCUUUUUGUGUUG